CAGCGCAAGCGAGUAGACGAACUUAUUUAAAAGCUCUCUGUAACGUUUAAAGAACAUUUCGUAAACGUUGAGUAUUGAAAUCAAAACGUAACGCAAGUUGACAAACAAACAGAAUCGUUAAUAAUUUGUUAGAACCGAAAAAAGGAUAACAAAAAUACGAAUACAAAGCAGAAGUUGGACAAAAUAGUUUGAGAUUUUUCUAAAAAUAAAGUGUGCGAAUAAGAACAUUAACAAUUGAUGAGUGCGCUUGAACUUGAUAGCUGAAGCGUUUAGUAUUCAAACAAAUUUAUUAAACUUUAAAUCAAGCUGAUCGUUUAACUCGAAUUUGUGUUAUACGACAUACAUUUAUGCAUCAGUGGAUUGCAAAUAUUGAGAAAAAAAUCUCACAAUUAUAGCAAAGUGCUUUGUUUAUCAUUCUGCUGAGCAAUAAGUCAAAGUAGGAAUUAAGCGCGAAAAUGAAAGAUCUUGGCAAAUUAUUUUCACGCCCGUAUAGCGCAGCCAAUACUCAAGACGCUGAACAACAACAACAACAACAGCAAUUGACUGCGAAUAUACAAUCAGUAAUGGCGACGACGACAGGACCUUACAUAGCGAGCAGCUCGUCCGCCGCUGAAAAGCAACGUAACAAAAGCUUGAAAGCCAAUCGUUCAAUGAAUCCUGCCGGCAUUCUAAGUUCGUUCUUUAACGAACGUAAAAGCAAUAAGCGAGCUCGUUCACCAAAAUGCGCCUUUUUAUUACUCUCCCUUGGCGUUUUAGCAAUCACCACCGCUGUGUUGGUGAAAAUCUUUCAGCCGUACGAUUUGAUCUUCAAAUGGAAACUAACGAUGGCAGAUGACGGUGAAAUUUUCAACCUAUGGGCAAAACCUCCAGUAGAUCUGUAUAUAAAGAUCUAUUUAUUUAAUAUAACAAAUGCAGAGGCCUUCUUGGCGGGACGUGAAAAAAUGAAUGUCAAGCAAGUUGGCCCAUAUGUUUACAAAGAAAUUAUGACCCACGAAAAUAUUACAUUCAAUGCCAACAACACAAUGUCCACAACUCCCAGUCAUCCGUUGGUGUGGCAGGAACACAUGUCCGAGGGGCAUAAAGAAGACGAUGAGGUGGUGAUGCUGAAUAUUGCAAUGCUGGCCAUUUCCCACUUGACCGCUGAUAAGCCGCUAUUUCUUCGCAUGGGCUUACGCACACUGUUUGCUACAUCAAAAUCGCAGCCCAUUGUGCGCAUGACUGCCAAGGAAUUUAUGUUUGGUUAUUCCUCAUCACUUACAACAUUGGGCAAUACGUUCUUUUCCAAUUGGAUAUCGUUCGAGAAAGUUGGGCUAAUCGAUCGGAUGUACGAUUUCAGCACAGACUAUGAAACUUUCUACACCGGCGCCACAAAUCCUGGCAUUUCUGGUCUAUAUGCCACCUAUCGUGGCAGCACCAACUUGCCACAAUGGGAUGGUGAACACUGCAGCAAUAUUGAGCUGGCCUCAGAUGGCACGAAAUUCAAGAGUUUCAUACAACCCAAUGAUACUAUUAAGUUCUUCAGGAAGAGCAUGUGCCGGCCCAUCAAUUUGUACCGUACUGGCGAACCACAAACCUAUGGCAGUCUCACCGGCUACAAAUAUGUUUUCGAGGAAAAUGCUUUCGAUAAUGGCAUCAACAAUGAGGCGAACAAGUGCUUUUGCAGAAAGGGUAAAUGUCAGCCACAAGGUCUAAUCGACGUCACCGAUUGUUAUUAUGGCUUCCCCAUUUCCCUAAGUUAUCCACACUUCAUGCACGGUGAUCCCGGUCUGCUUAACAACAUAACCGGCGUUGAACCUGAUGAGAAGAAAUUUGCCUCCGCAUUCGUUGUACAACCGGAUUCCGGUUUGCCCCUCUCCAUAUCCGCCAAAGUACAAAUCAAUAUGCACUUCGAUGAUAUGAGCGCCUUCAGACAAGUCAGCCGUUUCAGUCAUCUAACAAUACCCAUGUUGUGGUUCGAUAUCAUGAUGCCCGAAUUGCCUGAAUCACUUGAUACACGUUUCAAUUUUUACCUCAACAUUCUUCCAUAUCUCGAUAUCCUCGGCUACUGGGGUAGUCUGGUGCUUGGUAUUGCACUCUUGUUGUACGCCGUUACACGUGCCACACUACGCAUGUCGAAUUUGUCGCAGUUGAAUAAAAUCUCCGAUGGUAAAUAUAGCAAAGUGAAUAUGCUUCGUGGUGUCGCCAAUACGCAUUGCAAUGAUGUUUAUAAGCCAUGCGAAAUGAAGUUGUUGCAUCAACAUGAAAAAGCUCAACAUUUGCCACACGAGAGUGAUGUCAUCAGACGUCAUGAUGACGAUGAUAUGGAGGCUGGUGUAGAUUUGUUAUAUAAAGAAAUGGCUUCGUCACAGCCACGUCACAGUUCGUUUGCAUUGGAAUUGGAGCCAGCGAUAUCCUAUUCGGAGAGUGGUGAUGAUGAUGAUGACGAUGAUAGCAAUUCGUUGACAUCCUCAUCACUAUGCAGUCACAACUCGUCCACAUGUCCCUGUUUGUUGGAACAAAGACAAGGUGGUGAGGCUGACGUUGCACAAAGCAGCAUCAGCAAAAACAGUAGUGGUGAAGGCUAUGCAGUGACACCAAGUGAGACUUCAAUUAAUGUCGAUAUGAUUGAAAGUAAUCAAAAUCAACACACGAACACUGCCCUUAGCAUAGAUGCCAAGACAGCAUCUAAACAGACGACAACUAACAACAGAACACCGAACAGUAUCGAUGACGGCGCAGCGCUGCAUUACACCGCCAGCAGCGCAGCAAGCAGUAGUCGAAGUGCAAACUCGAAUAGCAACUAUACAGUUUGAAUAGAAAUUAAUGCAUGCACAUACAUGCAUGCACACAUGCAUUAUCAGCUCACAGCGCAUUGGGUUUAGCGGUUAUGUUCAUUAUUCUAAUGUACCUUUGAUAUUCAUAACUAUGUAACUGCAUAUGUACAUACAUAGAUAUAUAGUAGUAAUAGUGGUAAUUGUAGUAGUAAAAGUAAUAGUUAGGCGCAUAAAGGCUAUUUCUUUAAUCUUAAAGUAUUGCUUUUGCCAUUACGCCUCAUAGUUGUAGUUAGGAUGUUUGUAUUAUUUAAGUAUAAAACAAACAAAAAAGCAGGCGUUUUGUUUUUGGAUUAAUGCAUAUCGUAUUAAUACUAAUAUAAUGCAAAUGCAAUCAGUUAUAGUAAAACUAUGCAGCUGUGAUAAUUAGGAAUGCAGGCGCAUGUAUGUAUGUAUUUGUAUAGAUAGUAAAUACAUGCAUACAUAUGUACAUAUUUAUGUUUAAGUAUAAAAAUGUACACACAUACAUACAUUCCUUGCAUAAACUUACAUGUAUGCAUUUGUACGCAAGCUCUACAAAAAUAUUUAAUUUAAUUUUAAGUAAUACCGCCUCCAUGAGGUGCAAAGAAACCAAAUCUAUAUAAAUAUGCAUUACAUAUACUACCCAUAUACACAUACAUGCAAAUAUUUAUAUAUAUGUACAUGCAUAUAUGUAUGUCUAUUAUACAUGUAUGUACGUGUACAUAAUACACGUCUUCUAUGAAUUUAUGUUGUAUGUACAAAAAGCAGUGUGUGCGUUGAAUUAUGUAGUGGCACUAGUACAUACUUACAUACAUAAGUAGCUACACAUGCGCACACACGCACAAAAUUCACAAAAUUAAAUUAACCUGAAGUUCAAUUAAAAAGAAAGUAAUUUUAGAAAACAAUUCAAAUGAAACAUUUAUAUACAUACAUACAUACAUAUUUAUCGAUAUAAAAUAAGAAGGCAAAUUUUUUGUCAACGAUUCGCGCUGUGAUUUGUAGUAGAAUAUCGAAUAAUGAUACUUUCUGAUUUUCUUCCUUUUCUAUUUCAUUUUACACGUGUGAAUUUAUUUUCUUUAAAUCAUUUUUGCCAAGAAUUAAUCAAGCAUUAUGUUAAGGGGUUUUCCAUUUUAAGGCCAAGGUUUUAUUGGGUGUAUAUAAAGUUUGAUUUUUUGUGUAUAAACAUCAUUAUAAAA